CUUAGAUACAAAUUAAUCAAUAUCUGUAAUCCUCUUUUCCUUCUAACAUCACAAAAUUAAAUGUGAUCCUCUUACCUCUCUCUCUUGUUCAUUUUUUUUCUUAGAUUGAAUUAAACACAUAAUAUCUAUGAGUUCUCACGUGGUUGAUCAUCAAAGGCAACCUACUAACUCAAUCUCGAGUUUAAGUUAUAAACUAACCAAGCCAUGGAUCAACACCUCAAUCUUCAUCUUUGUUUUCUUCUUCUUCAUCAUCCUCCUUGGAGCUUCUCUCAGCUGGAUGGACAUGUUUUCAAUAGGUGGAGGUAGAAUCAAAGUGACACCAAUAUUUACAAGAAACACCAAUGCAACUAUCCCCAAGAAAAAAAUCUAUACACCAGUUAACUUCACAUUGCAAUGCUCACUAGACCAGAACAUAGCAACACAUGUGUGUCCUGCAAGCAACCCGGACAAAUCACAACCUAGUAAGGACGAUCCAGAGACUUGUCCAGACUACUUCAGGUGGAUCUACAAGGAUUUAGAAGCAUGGCGUGGGACUGGAAUCACUCGAGAGACGUUAGAGAGAGCGAGUGAUAAAGCUCACUUCAGGCUGAUAAUAAAAGGAGGAAGAGUGUAUGUGCAACAAUACAAGAAAUCUUUUCAGACAAGAGAUGUUUUCACUAUAUGGGGAAUAGUACAGCUUCUAAGGAUGUAUCCUGGUCAAGUCCCUGAUCUUGAGCUUCUCUUCAUGUGCGAUGACUUACCUGAAAUCUGGAGAAGAGACUAUAGGCCAAGACCAGGAGUCAAUGUGACGUGGCCACCUCCUCCACUCUUCCACUAUUGUGGCCAUUCCGGUGCUUUCGACAUUGUCUUCCCCGAUUGGAGCUUUUGGGGCUGGCCGGAGAUUAACAUAAAGGAGUGGAAUAAAAUGUUGGAGGCGAUAAGUGAAGGGUUAAAGAAGGUGAAGUGGGAAGAGAGAGAACCUUACGCAUAUUGGAAAGGGAAUGCUAGAGUUGGCAAGAGAAGAGACCUCAUGAAUUGUCAUGACCCCAUGGUUCAUCUCUAUAGCCAGGAUUGGUGGAAAGAGGGCAGCAUUGGGUAUAAGACUUCAAACCUAGAAGAUCAAUGCACCCACAGGUACAAGAUUUAUGUAGAAGGAAGGGCUUGGUCAGUCAGCGAGAAGUACAUAUUAGCUUGUGACAGUAUGACUCUUCUUGUGAAGCCAUUUUACUUUGACUUCUUCACUAGAAGCUUAGUUCCAAUGGAGCAUUACUGGCCCAUUAGACCUCGAGAAAAAUGUAGUGACAUUGUCUUUGCUGUCCAUUGGGGGAACAACAACACCAAAAGGGCAAAAGCUAUAUGGAGAAAUGGAAGUGGGUAUAUCCGAAAGAAUCUAAAGAUGAAGUAUGUGUAUGAUUACAUGUUGCAUCUAUUGCAAAGCUAUGGGAAGUUGAUGACGAUGAAUGUAGAAGUGCCUCAAGGAGCCAAGGAAGUGUGUCCGGAGACAAUUGCUUGUCCAAUCAAUGGAGGCCGAAUGAGACACUCUAUGGAUGACUCAUUGGUUAUGUCACCGAGCGUUAAGGCUGCUUGUGAGAUGCCUCCACCUUUUGAAGAAGAUGAGCUCAAGAGGUUUCUUGAGAAGAAAGAAAGUAUUGAGAAAGAAGUUGAGAAGUGGACUAAUGAGUAUUGGGAGGAACAGAAGAAGAUUCUUAAACAUUGAGCUAUUUAUUUAUAUACAAAAACAAAAUUAAUUAUGCAUAAUUAAAUUUAAAUGAAAAUGACUUGGAUCAUAUGAAGGCCCAUAAAAAGGCCCAAUUUCCAGAUUCCGAUGUAAUAUACCUCAGGUGAACUGAAAUCUAAGCUGUAGGAUCAGAACUGCAAGCAAA